AAUUUAUUUUACAGUUUGAAAAUGUCUGAGAACCCCUACUUUGUAGGAUACUGGAAACUUGCAAACCUGGACCUUUCUAAAAAUGCACUUUGCAUCAGUUGGACUGGUUAUUAUUAUUAUUAUUAUUAUUAUUAUUAUUAUUAUUGUUAUCUAUAAAAGUUUGUCUCAGGAAUAUAUUGUUAUAUUAUUUCUUAGGGAAAUGACUAUUUGUUUACCAUAUAUGUUUAUCAUUUAUUAAAGAUCACCCUGCUGGAAAAAACAAAACAAAACAAAAAACAAUAGAAGAAUUUGUAAUGGUUUUAAUGAUUAUAAUGGGAAUUGUAUUGAUUUUAAUGGAAACUGUAAUGGUCCCUGUGGGUCUCUACUGGUAAUUUGUUGCCUUCUAUUGUUGACAUGUUAUGUCUAAUGGAUACCUUUAAGGACCAAUAAUGGUAAUGGUCUUUAUGGUUAGCUGAUGGUUCUAAUGAUAUUUGUACUGCAAACCAUUAGAAUUUCUGUGAUGGUUUCUAUUUUUAUUUUUUCCAGCAGGGCAAGAAUAUAUGACACUGUACUGAAGUUUAAAACGGAUUAAGCUUUUGGGAAAGCACUUCGGUACUGUUUAUGGGAAGAAAAAUCGCCAGAACAAUAAAUGACUUUCUGUAAACGAAUAUAUAGUUAGUUUAAUAUUUUAUCAAGUUAUCCUUGUCGAAUAAAAACUAGUUUCUAUGUAAAACAACACUGAGGAUGGCGUUUUGUUUAUUUAUGUUCCAACGUCAUCACCAUGAAUCCGGAAGUUACUCCGGGUUCAUGGAAAUACCCGGAAAUACUCCGCGCAUGCGUACAUCAAAAAAGAAAGCAGUUCUCGGAGCUAUUAACAGUUUUAGCUAAAUAGCUUGAUGGCGGUGAUUUUUGUAAUUUAAUAAAGAUGUCCAAAGCGCCUGUACAGGCCAGUGCAUCGGCAGGCAACCUUGGACAUUCAUCAUCAUCCUCCUCUUCUUCACCUCCUUUGUCUUCUCCCGCCAACGCUCUGCACGCGCAAACGGAGAAGCCUCAACACUACACAUAUCUGAAGGAGUUCAGGACGGAGCAGUGUCCUCUGUUUGUGCAGCACAAGUGUACCCAGCAUCGUCCUUUCACCUGCUUCCACUGGCACUUCCUGAACCAGAGACGGAGACGGCCCAUCCGCAAGCGGGACGGCGCGUUUAACUACAGCCCCGAUGUUUACUGCGUCAAAUACGAUGAGGGCACAGGGACCUGCCCCGACGGAGACGAAUGUCCUUUCCUGCACCGGACAGCCGGAGACACGGAGCGGCGCUACCACCUGCGUUACUAUAAGACCGGCUCUUGUAUUCAUGAGACGGACACGAAAGGCCACUGCAGUAAAAAUGGCCCCCACUGUGCCUUUGCUCACGGAUCUCACGAUUUGCGAUGUCCCGUCUAUGAUAUCAGGGAGGCCCAGGCUCUGGAGGUUCAGACCGGAUCCGGUUUGAUGGAGAGCGGAGUCGGGGAUGGACAGUCCGGGUUAGUGGCCAGCGCUGCUCUUAUAGAGAAGACUCUGAGUGAGGAGCCGCGAUGGCAGGAUAACAGCUACGUGUUGUCGCACUACAAGACCGAGCUCUGUAAAAAGCCUCCUCGUCUGUGUCGCCAAGGUUAUGCCUGCCCGUACUAUCACAACAGCAAAGACCGCAGGCGCUGCCCUCACAAGCACAAAUACAGAGCCUUGCCGUGUCCCUCAGUGAAGCACAGUGAUGAGUGGGGUGACCCGAGUAAGUGCGAGAGCGGCGAGAGCUGCCAGUACUGUCACACACGUACCGAGCAGCAGUUCCACCCUGAGAUCUACAAAUCCAGCAAAUGCAAUGAUAUGCAGCAGAGUGGCAGCUGCCCCAGAGGGCCUUUCUGCGCUUUCGCCCACCUCGAGAGAGCGAGUAUGAGCGAGGAUCAGCCUUUCCCAGAGUGCAGCUCUUCUCCUUCAUCAGCCCUCACUUCAGCAAUCACAGACAACCCAGAGCAAAGCCUUCUGGGAAGGAUUCUGUACGAGGACACCUCUAUUUUGGAUCCCCUCAAUUCCAUCUGGGCAGGAGAAGUGGGUUAUGGGAAAGCGCCAGGCUUUGAGCGGGAGGAUCAGGCAAAACAUAAGACGUAUGCAAUGGAACAUCGCAAUAAAGAAAUCGGUUCACAUAGCAAGCCGGAGCUGUCUGUGUUUCUACCGGUGGGCAGCCCCCUCAGUCUGUCGUCCAGUGUGCCCUCCAGCCUCGCUGCGACUCCUCCCAGCCCAGCGCCUUCAUCUAGCAUGAAUGCCAACGCACUGCCGUUCUACCCCACCAGUGACACCGUGGAGUCUGUCGUAGAGUCUGCACUGGAUGAUCUUGACCUGAAUGCGUUUGGUGUGUCAGCUCUGGAGAAAAGUCUGGAGAGCAGCUCCAUGCCCAGCAUGGGACUCCUGUUAGGAGGAAGUCAGCUUCAGAGUUCGGCUCCUGUUAACAUCCCUGGAUCCCUCAGCAGCCCCUCCCCUUUCCGAUCUGCCUCCCCGUCUCCUCCAAUCAGAGCUCACGCUUCUCCGUUUCUGUCUGCCCAGUUACCACCGCCCACCCAAUCAGAGAGCAGCUUUUUGGGACCAUCUCAUAGCUCUUUAGGUCUGAAUGGAAUGAGCAGUAGUAUCUGGGAACAUUUUCCCCUGGGCUGUUCUCCUGGGACACCCCCAGCCCUGCUCUCCGCCGGAAGCAUGUUCUCCGAGGCCUCCCGUCUCAAACAGGAAGUGGAGGAGGCUCACAGGGUGCUGAAGCACUGGGACCACAGCUGGAGGCAGAUGUCUCAGUCAUGGGCGGUGCUGAAGGCUGAUGCAGAAGAGGCUCGGUUGCUGGCAGGCCGGUUGGGUUUGGAGGCGGAGCGAGCACGUCAGGCUGAAGAGGAGGCACAGGAACAGGUCACGCUCCUGGAGGAGGCGCUGGAGAGCUUACGCAGCUCCGAUAACCCCCGACUGCAGGUACACCAGCUGCAGCUGUUACACAAACUCCCACUCGGCUCCAUCUGCAGUUUACAAACUCAGAUCUGCACCUGCUUACGGACGGUGGAACAGGCCGUGUACAGGAAGCAGCGGUUAUGUUGCGUGUCGUGUGAGGAGUUGGGCUGUGUGGCGUUGCCGUGUCAGCACGGUGUGUGCUGUGAACGUUGUGCGGCCUCGGCCGAAUGCCCCGUGUGCUCCGAGCGCCAACAGAGCCUGAAUCUACCCCAAUCCUAACCAACAGCCAUAUAAUACCGAACCGUUCCUUACACUUAGCACUGAACAUCGCUCUGAGCUUCAGCAUCCUCCUCCUGGAGAUUUAGUUCAGUUCCAGCACAAAUCCAACACAAAUCCCACAGCCAGUUGCUGUAGUUGCAUGCACGUUUGAUUGUAGCCAGAUGUGAAUGUAAUUUGGCACUACAACAACAACAAAAAAAGCAAGUUGCACAAAGACAGCAUAGUUUUAGUGUAAAAAUGUGUAUAUAUUUUUUUUUUUAUAUAUAUAUAUAGUCUUGGAUUGAGUCAGCCGGUUCACGUUUCUUUGUUGCUGUUGUUUGACAUUAAAUUCUUAUUAAAUCGGUUAAAAACCCCAGUUUCAAAGACUGAGAACCCCAAGCAUGUCUUGAUGACCAAAGUAAACAUCCCAUAAUAUGUGUAUUAUUUUAUUCUUUCUUUACCAUGGCAGGGUUGAAUUCUCGAUUCUGAUUGGUCAGAAAGUGUUAUUUUUUAAAAAUUUUCUAUAACGGCAGCUCUGACGGUAGUUCCAUCUCCAAAUCACAGAUCUAUUGAUUUAUUUCUAUUAACACACUCGUUCUGAGACGUUUCUGUAGUAACGAUUUAAACAGCGACUCGUCUAAAGUUUUGUUUUUUUUUUUUGGUUUUUUUGUAAGUCGUUAUUUAACACUUUGGGAAGGAGUCGUCAGUGCGUUGUAACAGUCCAGGAUAAAGCUGUAACUUCAGCAGAGACGGCUGGUUAGGGAAUGAAUCACGAACAGAGUUUAACGAGAGAUUUAUUUAGGAGCCCGAAUUACGACUAAAUUGAAGUUUGACUGGUGCGUCUGGCUGCUUUUUCACAUAUAUGUUAAAAUGUAAAGAUAUGAUGAACUAAGCUUAUAAUUAUGCUGUUUCUAGGCUUAUACGGAAGCUGGAUCUCCAGGAGAAGGUUUGAAAUGGUCGAGUAAAACUUUUAUUUUUUUUUAUUCUUUUUUUUUUUUUUUACCUCAGCUGAUCGUUCUCACUCCCUGAUCGUAAGAAACAAAUAGAGGCAAAAAUGAACAAUAUGAACGUUUCAAGUGCCAGAUUCACAACAGUGACACUUUCUGCACUGAUCCUUUUAUCUUACGUCUCUCGAACACUACUCUUCAAACCUCUCGUCUUUAUCCAAAUCGUUUUCGACGCUAUGACGUGUCCUGCUUUCACGCUCCUGAACAUUUAAACCAUGCGCACUCAGAAAAAAUACAGUACUAUAGUACCCUUCUGUACCUUUAAUGUGCAUCAACUUUGAUAUAGCGUACCUUUUGAAGUUGAUUUAAGAUACUUCAGUGUUUUUUUUUUUGUUGUUUUUUUGAGUAAAGCUUUAAAGGUAAAAGAUACAUACUAAAGGUGCAAAAGGAAAGGUACUGUUUAGUACCUAUUCAUCACGACUCGGCACAUAGCUCUCCGAUCGUUCACUGUUCGUCUUCUAGCGCACAGUUUUGGGUGCAGCGAUUUUGUAGUGUCGUCUGAAUUCUCAGUAUUAGUUGGAUUCUUACCCAUAGUGCACCAUAAAUCUAGGGUAGACACGAGUACCACAAUGCAUAGAGAUUUCUUUUAACUCGGAACGUUUUGGUCAAAAUAGACACGAAAGCAGCUGACUUCAUAUAUCCUGAUAAUUGUGUUUUUUGUGUUGGUUUUUUUUUUUUUUAACUUAAAAGCUAAUAGAAACUUUUUAGUGGCAUGUUUAAUGCACCUUUUUAAAGAAAAAAAUCACUUUUAAUACUGAAGUAUUUUUAUAAUAAGCAAAUUAUUUAUGUAUCCAGUGCAGCGUCUCCCUCACUGCUGCCCCCUAUGUACUGCUCUAUAUAGAUCAGUCUUUAUAGUAAAUAGUAAACGAGUUGAGUAACGAAGCGAUUUCAGAUACGGCACAAGAGAAAUACAGAGCACGAGUUCUUUCAUAUUCAGUUCUUUUUUUCCCACUGUUUAAAGUUUAUUGGCAGAUUCACACAGCGCAUUUAGAUUCCAGGGCGACUACAUGCACACUUUAGCAUUACAUCUCAUUUAACACACCUGAUUUAAGCUAGGAUGAAUUUGGCGCGUUAGAAGACGGUCACAGAGAUAUUUAGGGCUUUCGCUUUCUAUCUCUAAAGCCUGGCUUUAUACCAGUCUGAGAUCUGCUCCUCUUCUCCCUGCUUCAUCCACACACACACACACACACACAUAUUUACUCACACUUACUCACAUAUGGCUGUUGGCUAGUACCGGUUUGUUUCGUUUCAGAAGU